GUGUAGAUUUAGAAUGCAAGGAAACUAUAUCAUUCUACCAAUUGAUAUGCAGAGUAUAUCUAUCUCUAUUUAUAAAAAUAAAUCAAAAUCUGGAUUGAAGUAAGGAGGAAAAUCACAACAGAAGCCUAGAAUGUUUAAACUUCAUUACGGAAUACAAAACAUAUGUGUAGUUUUACUUGUACUAUUGCAAUCUUGCACUCAUAGCAUCAAACACAUAAUAUAGAAAAUUUAACUUCCUAUUGCUAUUGGGCAUCUUUUAGCAUGUCUCUUUAGAUGAAUAGAAAAUUUAUAGUAUCUAUUUAUUCAUUGUAGGGUAAAUUACACCAACAGUCACCCAACUUUGGGGUUACUGACAAAACAGUCACCUAGGUUUCAUUUUAGUCACUUAACUUUCAAAAAAUAACAAAACGGUCACUAACGUUAUUAAAACGUGACAAAAUAGUCAUCGGUUAACGAUUGUCGUUAGAGUUUUAAUGGGAUUGCUGACGUGGCAAGUUAACCAGCUGAUGUGGCAAGUUAACUUACCAUGUUGGCAAAAUCGCUGAUUGGGGCAGUUUUAGGGAAAAAAUGGGUAAGGGUAAUGUUUUAGGGUUAGAAAUAGAUUAAGGAAGGGGAUUUGGGGGGGGGGAGAAAAAGGAAAAUCAAUUUGGGAAAUUUCAAUCCUAAUUUAGGAUUUUUUUAGGGUUUAAACUGAAUUGAAAAUCGAUUAAAGAGGGUUUAGGGUUAGAAAUUCGUUCAAUAAUCCAUUAAUAGGGUAUAAGGUUUAGGGUUAAUGAUUGUCUACUUUGUUUAGGGAGAAAAGAAGACGAACCAGAAACCAUUCAAUUUUUUUAUUGCCAGGGACAAUGGGCAAUAGAAAAGAAGCUACCAGUGGUGUUACAUCCACUUUAACGGGUAAGUUGUUGCAUUUAGUUUUAAAUUUUUUGGAUUCCAAUGUUGCUAUUUCGAUUUAGGGUUAUUUCUAAUUCAAUUUUAAUUUCGAUUCUGAUUUUGAUUUUGAUUUCGAUUUUAAUUUCAAUUUUAAAACACUCACUGAUUUUGAUUUUGAUUUUGAUUCCAAUUUUGAUCUCGAUUUAGAUUUAGAAUUUGAUUUUGAUUUCGAUCUGGAUUUCAAUUUAGGGUUAUUUCGAUUUUGUAUUGUAUGCCAUGUGCAUGAUGUUUAUUGUUUGUUUCUGCCAUUGUAUGAAUGCUAUUAUCAAAUUGAUGCGUAUUGUGUAUAUCUGUCAUUGUAUGAAUGCAUUAUCAAACUGAUGUGUAUUGUGUAUAUCUGCCAUUGUAUGAAUGCAUUAUCAAACUGAUGUGUAUUAUGUAUAUCUUCCAUGAUGUUUAUUGUGUAUAUUGUGUAUAUUGUGUAUAUCUAGCAUUAUCAAACUGGUUAUUGCCUGUUAUUUCCUGCCAUGUGCAUGACAAAAAUGGUUGUGUUUGUUUUCUACCAUUAUUAAAUUAUUUUUUGUAUUGGUUGUUGUCUGCCAUGUGCAUGACAGAAGUGUUUGUAUUAAAUUAUUGGGCAUUUUGUAUUGGUUAUUGUCUGACAUAAAUGGUUAAAGUGUUUGCCUAUAUUGUCUACCUUUCUUGAUGAGUACUUUGUUUGGCAGGUUUAAUUGAUGAAAAUUUUAAAGAGAAUAAAGAAAACAUGUCUGGUAGUGAUGUGUCUGGUAGUGAUAGUGAUGCAUCUAAAAGAGUUAGUUUAGAUGGUUUAGACAUGGAUGGUAUAAAAGUAGAUAAACUGUGUGAUAGUGAUGAUUCUGUAAGGUUAGAUAGUGUACAUGAAUCUGACUCAGAUGACCAAAAUUGGCCUGAGUUUAACUUAGAAAAUAACAUGAGUAAUCCUAGACUUAAGGUUGGAAUGUUAUUUAAGUCUAAAGAUAGUCUAAAAAAAGCUGCCAAGCAGUAUGGUAGGUUGAAUAGUUAUUCUAUUAAGUUUCCAAAAAAUGAUUUAAGAAGGUUAAAGGCAGUCUGCAAUGAAAACUGUUCUUGGUUCAUAUGGGUUUCUAGGCUAAACCCUAAUGACCCUACUGACCAGACUUGGCAAAUUAGGUGUUCAAACCCUAACCAUACUUGUUCUAAAGUCUAUAAAAAUAGGAAUGUAACCUCAACUUGGAUAGGUGAACAGUAUAAAGAAAAAUUCAUUGCUGAUCCUGAUUAUUCUCUAAAAUCAUUAUAGCAAGAUGUCAAAAGAGAUUUUUGUUGCUUGGUCUCACUAACCAAAUGUAGGAGGGCUAAACUUAAGGUAUUGGAAUUAAUUGAAGGAGCUUAUAAGACUCAAUAUGAGAAGAUUUAUGAGUACUUGUUGGAGGUUAGGAUCCAAAAUAAGGGAACAACAACAAUCUGUUAUUUGGAUAACAGAUUGUUUCAAAGGAUGUAUGUUUGUUUGCUGGCAUGCAAAGAUGGCUAUAGGGCUGGUUGUAGGAUGAUAGUAAGUUUAGAUGGAUGUUUCUUAAAGGGCUACUAUAGUGGCUACUUGCUUGCAGCCAUUGGGAUAGAUGCAAAUAAUGGCAUCUAUCCACUUGCAUAUGCUGCUGUCGAAAGUGAAAACCAAGCAUCAUGGCUUUGGUUCUUGGAGUUGCUUGCAAUAGACUUGGAAAUUGUGAGCUCGUACCAGAUAACUUUCAUGUCUGACAAACAAAAGGGACUUUUGGAAGAAAUAUGUAUGCUGUUUCCUAAUGCAGAAACAAGACACUGUGUUAGACACCUACAUUCCAAUUUCAAGAAUGCUGGUUUCCAAACAAAGGAGUUGAAAGAUUUGCUUUGGAAAGCUAUCGGAGCAAGCACUACAAGGGAGUUCAAUGAUGCCAUGGAUGAACUAAGAAAAACCAAGCAACAUGCUUAUGACUGGUUGAAGAAGAAGAACCCUACUCACUGGUCAAGGUCUCACUUCUCAAUUAGGAGCCAUUCUGACAUGUUGGUGAAUAAUCUAUCUGAAUCAUUUAACAAGAUGAUAUUGGAAGCAAGAGGUAAACCUAUUCUGACUAUGAUAGAAAUAGUAAGGACCAAGAUUAUGUUACUUAUUGUCAAGAAGAAAGAAGAAGCUGACAAAUGGAAAGGAAUUUUGUGUCCAAAGAUCAAGAAAAAGCUGGAUGUAAAUAUAAAAGAUUCAUUAAGGUGUGUUCCAUCACAUGCUGGUGGGGACAAGUAUCAGGUUGAAUGUGGUCUACGCAGCCAGCAUGUGAUGGACUUAGUUCAGAAUUCCUGCUCCUGCAAGAAUUGGGAUCUCACUGGCAUCCCUUGCAUUCAUGCAUUAGCUGCCAUUCAUGUAAAAAAUGAGUUCCCAGAGACGUAUGUACAAACCUGGUACACCAAGCAAACCUAGCCUCAAAUUUACUCCAAUUUUGUAAGUCCAGUAAGGGGUCUUAAACAAUGGGCCCCUUUGUCAAACAUGCUACCAAUACUACCUCCUCUACUAAGAAGGCCACCUGGCAGACCUACUAAAGUGAGAAGGAAAGAACCUGAUGAACCACAAACAAUAGAAAGGUUGAGUAAGAGAGGGGUGGAGAUGAGGUGCAGUAAAUGCAAAAUAAUAGGCCACAAUAAGAGGAGUUGCAAAGGGGAAGUUGUCCGAAACAUUCCAGUUAAAAGACAUCAAGUUGGUGUUCGAACCCAGCAACAGGCUACCUCAAGUUAGCAAGAGGGUACCCCAACUCAACAAGGUGCCCCAAGUUAGUUACCUACUGCCCCAACUCAUCAAGAAGCUGCUCUAAGACAAAAGCUCCCAUUAAAGAGAAAAUCAAGCACAACCAUUUUUAGAUGGAUGCCUUCUACUCAAGAGUCAUCCAUGACAGACCAUUGAUGAUGAUGAGAAUAGACUGCAUUUUGUUAACCUUUUAAAACUGUGUAAACUUGCCUGCUACUGAUUAUUAACUUAGGCAAUAAUUUUCGGGAAAUUUUCCUAUGAUUGCUACUGUUGAUAAAGUUAGGCAUAGUUACUGAAUUUUUUUGUAAAUUUCCCUACAAUUCACAUCUGUCCAAUUGUAAUGAAUUGUAGAAAAAUUUGGUAAUAUUUUGCCCCUUAUUCCUCUUGUAAACAGUUUGGCAUUUUGGCCUUAAUAUAUGAGCAAUUUAUCCAUGCUAUUUGUUA